AUGGAGGAGCUCAUUCGUGCCUUGAACGAUCCGAGCAAUCAAGGCUCAUCUGAACGAAUCGAAGAGAUCCAGCGACAAUUGCAGUUGCUACAGAGGCAGCCGACGGCAUGGCAGGGAGCGUUGGACUUACUCAAUCACGCAGAGCCAAACAUGCGCUUCUAUGGUGCGCUGACUUUGACCAUCAAGAUCAACGCCGACUGGCAAAACGAUGCAUUGUCGAAGGACUCACAGCGGCGAAAUUCGCUCUUACAAGCCCUUGUCGAGAUCUACGUCCGAUUGACGCUAGCGGAAGAUGAGGCCUUCGUACUACAGAAGUUGGCGUCGACACUUGCCCUCCUCUACCAGAAAGUAGGUUCAGAAUGGCAGCGUCCAGUCCGGCAUAUUUUGGCCUCUGUCCUGAAUGGCGGCUACCUUCCAGUGUCAAGUUUGCCACCCAUGAACUCACUAGUCGCAAGGUUAUCACAACGACCCGAAAAACAGAUUGCGAGCGUUUUCAUGUUGGCCAAGACUCUGCCAGAGGACGUCAGCGCCAAACUUCAGGGGAGCUCGAUUCAGAAAGAGUUGUCCCUGAGCAGCGGCGAUGCGCUAGAACUCAUUGAAUAUGUGCUGGUCGGCCACUGCCGCAGGUAUAUCAAUGCCGACAUGCCCACCAACGUCCCACCCACAGAGCUCCCGAAGAAAGAGUCUGAGCACUUAUCAUUGCUUGCACUCGACAUACUGCCUCUCUGGACAAGUUUGCUCAAGCUACAAGAGUAUGUCGCUUCAAGCGACGAGACUGCCGCUGCCAACGCUUCAGCGAUCUCCUCUCUGCAGGCCUGCCUGGGAAUGCUCGACAGUGGUGCACUUAGCGAGCACCCUCUGCAGGCUCUGGUCGCGAUUCAAGCUCUGACGCCGCGUCUCGUAACGAAGGCACAGCCUAACUUUGAGCCGAUGUUUGCGAGUUUUCCCUUUGUCCAAAAAUGGGCGACUGGGCUCGUGCAAGGCGACUUCAGCUCCGAAUCACUGCUCCUUAUCGAGCUCAUGGAAGCGAUUUUUGUGCACGUUGACGUAACAACGCCAGAAUACAUAACAUCGGGACAUUACAAUGGCAUGCUGGAGUUGGUUCUGCUGCUUCUUCGCUGUGAAGGUGCAGCAGCAGUAGAAGACCAGGCUUGUGUAACGAUGCUCGAAAUCUGCAACAGUGUCCUCGAGGGUUUCAAUGAUUGGGACCAUGACCCUGCGGCCGAGCAGUACCUCAGGCAAUUUGCGCAACGAGCUUGCGAGGCCUGUCUGCACAAGGUUAGAUACCCAUCAGAGGAGCUCACUAUGUCAACGCGCACUUGGGACAAGGAUGACCUCGCUGCCUUUCGCGAAUUUCGACUCGAUGUGGGAGAUUUUCUACAGGCCGCAUUCACUCUCCUGGGCAAGCCGUUGAUCGAUGCCGUUUCAGCAAGCGUCCUGAAGGGCCCUUCCGAGUCAUCCUGGGCUGACUUUGAAGCAAGUCUGGAGUGUCUGCUCGCCUUCAGCGAAACGAUCAACUCGAGCGUCGAGACCUACUCUGACAUAGUGACUUCAAUUCUCGGUGCUCAUUAUUUUCAGCAGAUGCUGCAGUCUGCAGAUGUACCGGAUGCAGCAAGAAAGACGUGUAUCACUUUCCUUGCGAGUAUGACCUCCUACCUGAAGAGUCAUCCGAGUUUGCCCCAGGCUCUCAACUUUCUGUUCUCAUCCCUUCAGCAGUCCUCAUCAGCGACAGCCGCUUCACGAGCCAUACACUCGCUCUGCGACUCGCAACGAGCCUCUCUGACUGAGGCACUUCCGGGUUUCAUGGCCUCGCUGGACACCAUCGACCAUUUACGCGGUAUGAAUCGUAAUAGAAUCUACGGGGCAGUGGCUGCGAUCGUUCAAGCUCUGCCAAGCGAAGAGCAGAAAAUGCAGCCACUGCAUGAGAUUCUGAAUCUGCUACAGCGCGACUUUGACAAAUCGCAGUCUGUGCAUGUUGAGGAUGACUCCUUUCUACAACUCGACACGGAGUUGCUGCAGACUCUGGCCGCGAUUGGGCGGGGACUGCGGGAUCCAGCAGAUAGAAGUCCUGCGAGCGAGAACCCGAAUCUAUCGCCUACAGUGCUGUUCUGGGUACGUGGCCAGGGACUUCGCAUACAACAGCAGGUCUUGACCAUAUACCGUUCAGUCAUGCAACGAAUUGGUCAUCGCGCGAGCUACGAUGUGGUGGAAGCAGCAUGCGACUUCAUCUCUUCAGGCUUUCCAGAGAUCCAUCCAUCUCCAUUCAAGUUCGACAAUUCUACAAGCACUGAGCUCGUUGUUAGCAAUAUAACGCUCGACACGCCGAAUAUCGAUGCUGUCAUGUCAAUAGCUUCUGGCUUGCUUGCGGCUUCGACAAGGGCAGACUUUCAACCUUACUUUCAGACGUUGCUCCAUCCGACGCUAGCUGGCAUGCAGCAGCUCCUGGCAUCAGAUGAUCGGAUCGCCAAGAUACGCGAUAGCUCGUAUCCCGCAGCUACCUUGGACUUUAUGUCACGACUUCUUCCGAGAACUCAUGUUCAUACUCUACUGGAGCUGCCGGAAGCACAGCAGGCACUUCAAGUCUGCCUCGAGCUAGCCCUUGUUGUGCUCAAUGAGCCUGACACGUUGCCUCGCCGUUCAGGUGCACAAUUCAUUGGCGUCUUCACGGAGCUGAGCAAGCCUGGAAAGGUAGCGGAAGGUGUCGCCAAAGAGAAUGUGGAAGCUGUGGCUCAGGAAUACAAUCCACGGAUCAUUGCUUCCGUACUUCGCCUCGUCGCCGGCGACUGCGCGAGAUCUGAAACCGACAUUCUUUCCGAUCAGAUCCGACGCUACGUGAUUGCUCAGCCGAUGGCCUUCAAGGACAUUAGUAAGGAAGCGAUGAAGGAGGAAAGCGCGGUUCUGUCAGAGAAGGCCUUACACGCGACGACGUUGGACCAGCGGACGAGAUUUUUGGCGCAGGUUGAUGUGAUGCGUGGGUCACGCAAAACAAAUGAUGUCGUGAGAAACUUCUGGGUGACUUGCCGUGGGAGUGAGUACAGUUAUAUUGUCUAG